UUGUGAAAAUUACAAAACACUGGUCCCGCGCGCUUUGCUACAAAAUUAUUUUAGCUGUUAUUUUCCUCCGCGUAUCAGUCAUUUUUUUAGUUACUUUCGUUUCUGCGAAGACUGGUAAUAGCUGCUUUGAUAAUUUUAUUAAAUAGCAACUGAUUUUUAAGCUUUAUUACCAAAUUCGGCCAAGAUUCGAGAAGUAAAUUGGUCAUCUGGCAGGGUCACGUGACCGAAUUUUGCCCGCUCAGCCAAUAAGAUUUCUCGCUCGACGACCGCGGUUCACAAAGCUUGCCGCUUGAAGUUGCUGUAGUGUUCCGCCCUUGCAGCGUGCGUCCUGUGUUUAUGGUAACUUCUGAAGCCGAUACCUGGAUGCCCCCUGCGUUGAUCGACUCUUGAAAAGAAUAAAAUGUCGCAAGCGAACACCGUGAAUUUGGUCAUUCACGACGCCAAUGGGCAACCCCAGUUUAUCAAAGUUGUGCAGUCAUCUGCCGGCACACCUUCAAAACCAAACUUGGUGUCAGUCGGCUCUCCCAUUAGUGGACAGUUUAGGACUGUAGUAAAACCACUUCAAGACUCUCCACAAUCGUCGGUUGCCACAGUCAUUUCGGCAGGGCAAGUAUUAAAAACCAUUGGAGUCCCCACCCUCGGAAAAAAUGUCUCAGGUCAAAGGACGCAAAUCCUGACCAUUCCGUUCCAGCAAAGUGGUCUUGCUGGCACACCCACUAAACUGCUGUUGAGCACUCCUGGAAAAAUUGGAGCAGGUUCUUCUCCUGGAGAGACAAUUUUGCUUCCGAAGAAUGUAAAAAUUGCCUCGCCAGCCAACAUUAGGACAGCUGCAACUGUCAUUAAAUCAGAGCCUUCGAAGGCCAUCACUCCAAACACAGUAGCAGCUGAGACGCAAAAUGUCCAGCUGGUUGGAGCCAAAAUGACACCACUCGGUACUGGAAAUAAGUCCUUCAUUUCUCCCAUACUGGACCACUCCAGGAAGCGCCAACAAGCAGAAGCAGAAUAUUCUGCAGAAUACUGGGGUGGACCAGGUGCCAGCAAGAGUGCCUCGUCAAUACCUGCAUCUCACGGUGGGAAGCGUAGAAAGUCUGAAAAGGGUGGAAAAGGUUUGAGACACUUUUCCAAGAAAGUGUGCGAGAAGGUGCGCAGAAAAGGCACAACCAGCUAUAAUGAAGUUGCUGAUGAGUUAGUGGCGGAAUUCACCAAUCCAGCCAACUGCUUCAGCUCUGCUGAUCAGUAUGACCAGAAAAACAUACGGAGGCGUGUGUAUGAUGCGCUGAACGUCCUUAUGGCUAUGAACAUUAUCUCGAAGGAGAAAAAAGAAAUACGGUGGUUAGGCCUGCCAACAAACUCUCAGCAGGAAUGCAUCGCUCUUGAAAAGGAUAAGAUUCGACGUGCUAAUGCCAUAAAGCAAAAGAUGAAGCAGUUGGGAGAUCUUAUCUUGCAGCAAAUUGCUUUCAAAAACCUUGUUGAGCGCAACCGAAGCAGUGAAAGCUUGUCUGGACCGCCGGGUCCCAAUUCCUCUAUCCAACUGCCAUUCAUUUUGGUCCACACUUCAAAGGACACCACAGUAGACUGCAGCAUCUCCAGUGACAAGCGUGAAUAUCUUUUCAAUUUUGACAACAAAUUUGAAAUCCACGAUGAUAUGGAAGUGUUGAAACGUAUGGGUUUGGCACUUGGCCUCGAGAAGGCAGAUUGCUCCGAGGAGGAUCUGGUCAAAGCUCGAUCACUUGUGCCUUCAUCACUGGAAUCUUAUGUUACACAGCUUGCCAUGGGCACACUACAGCCCGACUUCCCAGUGGACGUGAAGCCUGGCCCAAGCCUUGCAAGGAGAAGAGCCCUGGGAGAUGCCACAGCAGGCGAUGAAGAUGCCGAAGUUGCAGACACACUGGGAGACAUGUCUAGCUUCUCUCAGGGUGACUUGGACGCCACUGGACAGGACACCAUGUCACCAACUUUCAAUUAUUCCGAUGGCGAUCUUGAUUCGGAUGGAAGCGAUGUAGACAUUUAAGAAAAAUGGCUAGUUUUUUUUUGUGUUCUUAGCCACUGAAAAAGUAUGUGGCUGCAGUUAAAUUUGUUUUUCUAACUUGAAAUUUUACUGCUGUCGCUUUGAUAAGUUUUCUCGAGUGUCAGCCGCCUUAAUUUUAUUUAGUGUAUAUAUUUGGUGAAAAUUUUUAAAUAUUCAUUUAUGAUUUCAAUUAUAUUUGAGAAUAACUGCAGUCUUAAAUGAUAUGUUUACUCACUUGUUUUCUUCAGACGUGUGUAUGUAAUUUUGCAGACUGAAGGUAACACAACCAGCAAAAUGUACAGUUCAUUAUUUGUGGGAUUCCCCAUCUAUCUUUUGUGCCCAUAAGUACAAGGUUCAAUCAUUUCUAAAUACAUAAAUAUGUAUAUUUUAAUUUGCACCAUGUAAUAAUAACUAUGAAAACAUCCCCCAGUAAAAUUGUAAAAAGAGCCGUUUCCUCUUUGCUACAAAGUGUAGUCUCAACUGCAAUUUGUGCUUGUGACAGGUGGCAACUUAGUCUGGUAGUUACGAAUAUUGUCUAUUGAGGAGAAACAAAACAAUAUAACGUUUUUUGAUCAA